GCUUUUAGACACAAUUUUACACUGAAUGUUUAGACUACCCCAUAUACAAUAGAUUGCUACAUUAAGCGACUAAGAUGAAGACUUACUGAUUUAAAAGCAACAGUGACAACAGACAAAAGUAGUAAUUAUUAUAUUUGUAUACGCUGUUUUAAUAUAAGCAACUGUAAAAUCGUGUAAAACUCAGAUUAACUGUGAAUAGCAUUGUCUGCUCCAACUAUUGACGUAAAAUAAGUUCUAGGCUGAUCAUUAGCAAGCUGAAUGGGGGCGGAUGUGCUAAAAACCAAACGUUUAAGUCCCAAAAUUAUAGUUGAUUUUAUGUUAUUAGCAUCAAUGUACAAACGUCGCUCACUUGGCUUGGACUAACCACUUGCACAAAGCCGGCGACCCCAUACUGCGCAUGUCACAGCCUGGCGAAUUCGCAAGGGUCCAUUCGCAGCGGUUCAAAGUCUCUCGGCUGUAAAUGCUUGGUUCGUUUCCAUACUCAUGGCGUCUACAUAGAUUUUGUGUGCGCUGCUGGGGCAGAGGAGGCCGAAAGAAGAUAAGGGGCUGCUAAAAAUCAGCUGUUUCAGGGAAAAUAUCGCCUUCUGUGUGGGAUUAUCGGACAGUCCGUAUGUGUCCUGCUGGUUUCCAGUGGCGAAUGUGAACGUGCCCGGUGUCCUUUUGCCUACCGAGAGUAGUGCGUCAUUGAAAUCCUGCGCGUCAGGUUAUCGCAGACCUGCCUUGAAACUUUCUUUUUAUAUCUGGAGGGAUUUGAAAGCUAUACGUAUCCAUUGUGUUACAUGAUCUAGAUCCAAAGCGCCAAGGAUUUUUCAAACAGUUCUUGUUUUUCAUUUAUUUUUUUUGUCUUGUCCUUACGAGGAAGUUGCACUGCUAGCGUUGCUCCUGAAGUGAAAAGCUUUCGUUUUGGCAACAGUCGGCUGUGAAUGACCAGCGCACGCCCUUCUCCUGUGCAGGUUUAUUUAUGUAUUUUCGGUUUAGGACCAGCUGUCAGACUACUUGCUAGACCCGAGCAGCGUAAAAUAAUUUAAGGUCCAGUAAACAGUCAACACACGUACACGCGGGCAUCGUUUGCAUAACACUUAUAAGCCAUAAAAAAAAAACUUUUCCAGACCGGAUUUCGUCGGAUCCGUUGAAAAAGAAAAGACUGCUGUUGCACUUUUUGUUUUUGUCAUUGGGGCGUGUACCAUGAGAAUAAAGAAGUUAGAAUUUGAAGGUUUAUACUAUCAUGCACCCUCUGUAUACGUAGGGGGUGGGUAGUAUCACAUUUACAGUAUACAUAUAGCUACAACCAUAUUUUGUAGAUGAAUACAUCAUUAUGCUAUGACACUCUCGGAAGAUUCUGAGAGCAACACGUUUGUGUUCACUUGACUGAAAGGAUCACGGAUUUUUUGUGUCACUAUUUCGUGCGAUUGCAUGCCAAUUUCUUUCACUGUGUGGGUAGUUUAGAAACGUUGCUUAACUUCAUCGUGCUGGGAAUGCAGCUCCUGAAAACGAUUUUGCAGAAGACGGACUACAGGAUACCAGUCAACCCGGGCUUCAGAAUGGUCUGAUUUUUUUUUUAAUGUUGAAGAAUUGAAAACAGAGCAGGGACAAGACAUGGAACAAGGAGGUCUGCACCAGAGCAAUAACCGUGAUGAGAGUGUGAAAUUUGUGGAGUACAGUGGAAGAGGGGAAGGAGCUUUCGGGGGUGGAGGGAGCACAAUGGCAGCUUCCACAACUUCAACAGUGGCUCAGCCUAGCCCCAGAAUACCGCCAGUUCCUGGAGACAUUACUAAUGGAUUAGGCACCAGCGCACCCCAGCAAGAGCUUACCACAGCUGUUUCAGCCUCCAUGGGACUUUACAUGGAGGAGACCGACUCAAAAGUAGCAGGAAAUGACUUAAAGCUGCAGCAGCAGCAAACUCCCAGCUCUUUUAUGUUAGGAGAAACCAAUUUCUCUCUUCUGGAGGAGAGCAUCGCAAACCUGAACAGGUCCUCCACAUCCGCAGAUGCCCUCCCGUCCGGAUCGGAUCCGUUUUCGCUCAAGGCGGAGGAUUUUACAGCCAUGGAUAAAAGCGAACUUGAUUUGGAGCAGGAUUCGUUUGGGCAGGGGGAGAAAGACUCCGACAUUAACCCCCGGCUUUUCGGCGAGGACCAAAACACCCUCGACAUCUUACAGGAGCUGGACCUCCCCGGCUCUCCGAAAGGAGAAAUGAACGGGAGCCCGUGGAACUUCACCGAGUUCUACGACGGAGACGAAGCAGCCUUGCUGACCUCCUUGGCCACAGAUGAAACCUUCCUGAUGGACGUCAAUACGUCUAAAGACACCAAGCCGGUCGUGAACAACAGUAACUGCACGGGUGUCAAUGGCACAGAUCAGCAGAUGCUUGAUCAGAGCACCCCUUUGGCCUCCGUUAAAAUGGAAAAGGAGAGCUACAUCCAGCUGUGCACCCCUGGGGUUAUUAAGCAGGAAACUGCAGACAGAAAAUACUGUCAAAUGAGUGGCGCGGUUCCCGACUUGCCAGGUCCCGUGAGUUCCCCCAUUUCCAUCUGCGGUGUGAGCACCUCAAGUGGCCAGAGCUACCACUAUGGAGUUAACGCCUCACCCACACUUAAUUUACAGCAGCAAGAUCAGAAGCCUGUUUUUAACUUGUACCCAUCGCUUGCUGCUGUGGGCGAUUCCUGGAACCGAGGCCAAACGUUUGGGGAUGCCGCGGGGAUGCAGAGGGGCAGCGAAACAUUUGCGGGCGCACCUGGUUUCUCUGCCAACUACGCCGGUUCGACAUCUCGGGCUGAUCCUAGCACCCCUUCGCCAGUGCCCAGCAAGGCCAGCGGACCUGCCCACAAGAUCUGCCUGGUGUGUUCAGAUGAAGCUUCAGGUUGCCACUAUGGUGUCCUGACCUGUGGCAGCUGCAAAGUCUUCUUCAAGAGAGCAGUGGAAGGAUGGAGAGCUCGACAAAACGCUGAUGGGCAACACAAUUAUCUGUGUGCGGGAAGAAAUGACUGCAUCAUUGACAAGAUUCGCAGGAAGAACUGUCCAGCGUGCAGGUUCCGUAAAUGUCUGCAGGCUGGAAUGAAUUUAGAAGCGAGGAAAACGAAGAAGCUGAACAGGUUGAAGGGUCCUGGGAGAGCAGUUGAGCAGCCAGUUUCACUUCCCGAUGAGCAAACGCGAGCAGUGGUUCCCAAAUCCAUGCCCCAGCUCAUCCCGACCAUGCUGUCUCUGCUGAAGGCCAUAGAGCCAGAAAUCAUUUAUUCGGGAUAUGACAGCACCAUCCCAGACACCUCCACACGGCUCAUGAGCACCCUAAACAGUCUAGGAGGAAGGCAAGUUGUCUCAGCUGUAAAAUGGGCAAAGGCUCUCCCAGGAUUUAGAAACCUGCAUCUUGAUGACCAGAUGACUCUGCUGCAGUGUUCCUGGAUGUUCCUCAUGUCAUUUGGGCUGGGAUGGAGGUCCUACCAGCAGUCCAAUGGCAGCAUGCUAUGUUUUGCACCAGACCUGGUGAUUAAUGAAGAGAGAAUGAAGUUACCAUACAUGUCUGAACAGUGCGAACAGAUGCUGAAGAUUUCAAAUGAGUUCGUGAGGCUUCAGGUUUCCUAUGAUGAAUAUCUCUGCAUGAAAGUUCUACUGCUACUCAGCACAGUUCCUAAAACUGGGUUGAGGAGUCAGAGCAUCUUUGAUGAGAUCCGGAUGUCCUACAUCAAGGAACUGGGAAAAGCCAUUGUCAAGCGUGAGGAGAACUCCAGCCAAAACUGGCAGAGGUUUUAUCAACUGACGAAACUCCUUGACUCCAUGCAUGAGUUGGUGGGUGGACUCUUGAACUUCUGCUUCUACACCUUUCUGAACAAAUCUUUGUGUGUGGAGUUUCCAGAGAUGCUGUCUGAGAUCAUCAGCAAUCAAUUACCAAAAUUCAGAGCUGGGAGUGUGAAGCCACUGCUCUUUCAUCAAAAGUGACUGCCUUAUCGCAUGAAAGAAGAUGCCUUAAAUUAUUCAAGCUGAUAUUGCUUUCCCUCAAAUUGUCAGGUAUUUGAGAAAGAGGUAUUAUCCCAUUUAAAAAGAUUGUUGAAACAGUAUGCAAAGUAUGAAAGUUUUUUUUUCAGAGGGCCAAGUGAGUCUGAUAAAUGCAGGGAGAUUGACAAGGAGGAAAAGCAAAACAACUUUAGAAUUUAAUCAUUUGGGUUUUUUUUUGCUUAUAAACUGCUUAAUUACACAACGUUAAAUUGGCCAGGAAAGAAAAAAUCUUGUACUUUUUUUAAAGAAUAUUUUAUACAGUUAGAAAUUGAUUUUAUGCAUGCAAACAGCUAAAGGUUUACAAAUGUAUAUCAGUAAAAAGGGAAAAGAUGUGCCUUUUUUAGCUUUGCUGUCUGAUUUUAGCCAUUUUUGUAAAAGUCCAAGGCAAGUAUUUUGCAUACGCAAUGAUUAAACUUAAUCUUAAUUGUAUGUAUUUUUAUAUUACUUGCACUGGCAAUUUCCUUUUUUUUAAAAUAGCCAUGUUCGUGUUUUUUCUGAAGUGGGCAGCUCAAAAAUCCUCUGAAGUGUGAACUAAAAUUAAGUGUUCCUUAAGAACGUGGCGUGAAAAUUCCCAUAGUAGUAGUUCCGUGUUGAUUUCAAAACAUUGUUGUACUUAAGUUAGAGCUUUUAUUUUUUAAAUGCAAUUUCAGCACUUACAGUAUCUGUUAAGAUCUGCUUUUUAAAUAAAACAAUCAUUUAAUAUAACACACUUUCAGGAAACAAUUGUUUGCUGUAACAAAAAGAAAUCAGAUGUAUAUGUGAUCAGUUAUAAACCCUUGCCAUCUUAACUCAUUACCUUACCUGUCCAUUUUCUGCAUCUGCCAAUGUGCAAAAGAGGCUCUAAAACAAAACUUUACUGAUAGUAGUUCUGAAAUCUGUACAAAAUAAAUUUUGUGAAGAAAUUCACAUUGCAAUGUUAACAGACCAAAAGUUUAUUAAUAUAAUAUCAGAUAUGAGAAAAAUCCCUUUGUUUGAGUUCUCCCUUGUCAGCUAUGAUCAAUGUAGAAAAUGACUUUACAUUUUAGAGUGCAAGUUAGCAUAGAAGUAGGUCUCCUUGUUUUAAUAGAAGUCUCGAUUGCUAAGUAAAGAAAACUGGAGCAGUUGCCCCCAAGUAAUUAAGUUAUUUUAGUAACACAAAACGAACUAUGAAUCACAAAACAACUAUAUUUAGUUGCCUAAUACAGGAUUCAUAUUGUAUGUGGUGUUUUGUUCUUCUCAGUGAAGAUCAGUGCACCAUGUCAGUUAAUGGAGGUUUUAAGGGCCGGUUUAUGUUCUAUUGCUUAACCAUCACUGGAGAGCAGAGUGUUCACAACUCAACCUACAGUAGUUUUUGCCAGCAUUUACUAAGCUUGAAAAUGAUUGUCACUAGCUGUGUUCCUGGAACCAGAUCAGCUGAACUUUGGUCUAGUCAGUAAUCUUGUUACUGGGUGAUAGUGGAGGUUUCCACAGUUCUGGAUAGCAUUGGAGAGAUAUUAUGGUCCACCCACCAAAAUUAGUGCAGAAUCAUCAUAGGAUGAUUGCUGCUGGAGGGGUCUUUAAUGUUGUUGCCAAUAUCUUUGUUGUAUAGCUAUAUAUUUAUAUAUAAAUAUAUAUUAAAAAAUAUAUAUUUACACCAACUGUAAAGCACUUUGAGAUCCUACUUUUAAAGGAGCUAUAUAAAAUCAAGUUUAUUAUUAUAAUUCUUAUUAUUAUUAUAAACGUGCUAUCAUCAGAUGUUCUCGUAUGCAUUUAUGCUGCAUUAUGCAAUUUAGAAAGAUGGCAUUUCUAGCUUCUAAUGGUCUGACAGUGCCUGUGUUGAGUUGACUGAUAUAAUUACUGCUAAUUGCGUUUAUAUAGUGCUUUUCAUUCCAAAGAAAUGUGUAAUUACAAACACAAUAUAAAUAAAUGAUUUAACAGAAUUCUGUAUAUAUAUACAGUAUAUAUUCACGUCUGUCCCAUCUAGUGAUCUGAUAACUAUGUGAAGUACAGCUGUUUAAAAUGUCAAUGUAUUACAGAACUACAGUACAGAAGCACUUAGAUGUAAACUUUUUUUAUGUACGGUACAUAUCUUAUUUUACUUGGUGAUAAACAUGUGGCAAUAUACUUCCAUAAUAUAUAGACUGCACUGUCUGUAUGCACAGUAUGUAGUAAACUAUUGUAUCCUAUAGCAGCAAUUUUAUUUAUCUGCAGCUAAUGUAACAACAUUUGUAGCUACAUUGUAGUGCAUAUCUACAGUAGAAUAUAUACACAAAUGAUCAACUUACUGAUAGUAUCACCUGCCCCACAUUUAGUAAAGAAUAUCCUAAACCCCAAGAAUGCAAAGCAUUUGGUAUUUACAACUUUGAAAACCAAGAUUCUAGUUUAAUUAGCACUGGGUUUAAUUAUGCAUCUGCUUCGAUCAAUCACUUCUUACAUAAAAGCAAACAAGCAUAAGUAAAAAACUAUCGAUGCGCGUGAUCCUCCGCGUUCCUGCUCUGACAUCUCUGGAGAACUGCGUGAUGGUCAGGGACAGUGAUGAGCGAAUUUGGCAAUAGCAGAGCAACUUGCUCUGGCUGGGUUUCCUGUCCAACAGCAUUCAGGCGAUGGAAUAUAAACUGGCCCUUUGUGUCAUGCUCACUGCUUUUCACAGCUCCUACUGUAAAUUCAUUUUUUAGCACAUUUGGAUUUUGUUUUUGUACAGUAUAGGAUUUCUUUUUCUGCAAUAACAAAGUUUAAUUGUGGAAUUGAUUCCUUACUUAAAAGCUCUAAAAAAAAUUCAUAUCUAGGUAGAAAGUAAAAAAUAACAACAAGUGGAUAAUAAUCUCAUCUUCUGUACUCUGCCGUUCUGGAACUUCAAAGUGGAAUUUGUGUUAGUUUGGCCCUUUAUAGUGAGAUGUCCCCUUUUUAUUCUUUGUGUGCCAAACUUUUUUUUUUUACUGUGAUUGUCCUAAAAAGUGUUUGUAUUUUAUUUUGUUCUCUGUCACAGCCCCAGAGGUAACUACGUGCACCUGUCAAUUUGAAAAGGAUACAUCAUGAAAGAAAUAGUUUUUAUUGAUAUACUAAAAUUGGACUUUUGUACCAGCAAAAACAAAGUAUACAUGGAAAUUAAACCGUGUUUUUUAUGCCUGUAUUUCAAUAUAUAUAUUUUGACGUGAAGUAUUAGAUCUUACUUUUGGCCGCUUAAUAUGUUUGCAACGGAUAAAAAAAAAUCCUUGGCUUUCUUGUAAAAAUAUACAUUUUAACAUACUUGUCACAUUUUUGGUCUGUAUCAAGAGAAUCCAAUACAGCUUUUAACAGUUUGUUGAAUGAAUGAAGAACAUUUUUACAAUUUAACUUUAUUUAUUCAAAAGAAUAAAUAGAUAUUGAAAUGCACAGUAUAAGAUCAUAUAGCAAAAUGAUCAGAAUGUAAUUUGCAAUGGAGCAACAAACAUUGAUAAGAAAGACUGGGUAUUUUAACCAAUAUUUGCCGGUAGUUUUCACACUAUAGAAAAUUAGAGAUUACUGUAAGAUAAGAAACAGAUUUAGCCGUGCAGGUAAAGUAUAUUAUAUUAAAAAUAUUACUUUUUUAUGUAUGAUUUUGCUAAAAAAUUAUCUUCAAUGUUUUGAACUACUUACCGCAAUAUACUCUACCACACAUGGUCUAGUUGUCCAAGAGUUGUUUUGUAAAAACAAUAUCUUCACAUUUUAGAUGACACUUAGAAAAGCCAUUUCUUUUAGCUAAUCGAUCCACUUUUAAACUUGGUGUAGUCUAAUAGGUUUGUAUAAUUUUGCUUCAGCCACAUCAAGGAUGAAUAAAUUGAUAUUUUUAAUAAAAACAUCUGAAAUUUAAAGUGGACAUGAACGGUGAUAUGAAAAUUAGUUCUCUGUAAUUUUUACCUUGAAUGUUACGAAAAGUGUAUUGUGUAUCUCACAGUGUGUACAUUGCAUUUGUAUACUUGCUGUACAGAGGGAAUAGGUGUCAACAACGUUUAAGAAACGCAAAGAGGGUGAGGUUUUAAGCAAGACGCACAUUUGUGUGCACUGUAGUAUUGUUGCAUUCUUCAGAAAUGUCAAAAGCUGUGUUGAUGGUCUCAUUUUUUUAGCUUAGACCUUCUCUAACUGCAGCUGAUCUUUGAAAUGGAAAAAUGGGUUUGUUAUAUAUUUGGUUAUACAUAAAAACAUUUAUAUACGAAUGAAUGGUUGUACGUUUCCUGUCUUGUUCGAAAAUGUCAGGUCGGUCAGAUGUUUUCUUGUGUGCUUUCAUUAUUUUUGCCCAUUCUCCAAUGCAAUUUUUUUUCAAUGCAUUCAGGUUACUUUCACAUACAGUCUGAAGGUGUAGUCUAUUUUUUAUUUGGUUCUAAUUUGGCAAUAAUACUAAUGCUGUAAAUAAUGCAAGCAGAAUCCUUAUUUUUCUGAAGAGUUAUUUCUAUAUAAAAAAGUCUAAAAACAACAAAAAGUCACCUAUUGCAUCUUUUAAAUAGAAUACAUUUUAAUGAUUGCUUAUUUUAGCUUCUGCAUUGUUGUGGUGAAAAGUAAAAAAAAAACAUUUUGGUUCUUUAAUGUACUAUGUUCCAUGUUAUCAAAAAUAACAGUUUAAUCCUUGGUUUUUAUUCUUCGUUACAUGCUAAUGUUUUGUUUCGAUUUGUGUGGCAAAAGGAAAAUGUGAUUUUGGACAAAUCCAUAUGAAAAUGAUUACUAUAUAUUAGAAUGAUAAUUAGUAAGACUUUUCAGUUUUGUUUUACUUGUAAAUAAAUGUAAAUUCUGUAUCUUGAUGGGGAAAAUUUCUAAAAAAAACAUGCCAUGUUUUAAAAUAAAAUUAAAUGGAAAAUAUAUUUUGUAUAUUUCAACAACUUUAGUGACCAAAGUCAAAACAUUAUUUGGGGAAUUUUAGAAUAUACAGUAGCACUCAAGGUAAAUAUGAAAGUACUUAAAAGUGUAAUUGUUUAAGGCUUUGGUCUCUUGUAUAUUACUGUGAAGUUAACCAAUCACUUAGAAAAGGUAAAAACUGUGUGUGAAAGUAAUCAACAAACUAGAGCCUGAAAAUUUGCACUACCGUAAUACUGGUUGAAAAAGUCUAUUUUGUAUAAUAUACAUGCAACUACUAUCUUUAAAAAUGAUUAAGGGCAGAUCAUAUUUCACUGGUAUGGUAUAUGGCUUUCAUUAAAGUCUGUUCUGUUUGUAUUUCAAUUAUGUACAUGUAAUCCAAUGUAAAAAAAUGACAAUGUCUGUUUUAAAAAGUUUUCUAUGACUUCUGACUUCUGUAUUAUACUUCUUCUGUAGUAAAUGUUUAUCUUUUCACCUAUUUGAUUAAAUGUUGGGCUGUAAAGUCUUGUUUGUUUGUGGUAAUCUUUAUACUCACAAUAACUGUGAACCACUUACAAUUAUUCAAGUAACGCUGAAUAAUCAAAUAAUAAAAUGCACUUUUCAGUUA